GAUAAGUGUCACUCACGUCGGCUUGAGGCACAGCGGGAGCCCCUGGUGUUGGUGGUGGUAGGUGUGGGGUGGAGGCUGUAUACGCACGGCGGAGAAUUUACGUCGCAGAACACCGGAGAAGCUCUCACUGUGGUGGAGACACGACGAGGGAGGACCUGGAUGGUGUCCACUAGCUGCCUUUGAGCGCCGAGGACUCGUCCUGCCCUCCACGAACUUGUGUGAGGACAUCUUGCGGGAGGAUGGUAGCGCGUAUCAGGGCAGCCCAGCAGAGACCGACGCUCCUGUGGCUCGUUGUAGUGACUCAGUGUAUGUCAGCACUUGGUUGUGGACCCCAUUAUGAAUACGCCAUAGAAGAGUUCUGUCUGGCCAAAUUCAGACUGGACAUGCAAGAGCUUGAUCAGAAAAACUGGUGCAGCUGGGAGGACACCGUCGAACUCUAUGGAGAGCUGACAAACUGCACAUACCUGGUGGCGCUAAAGAUGGACUGCUUCUGGCCCAACCAGCUGGUGGAUGAGUUCUUCAUCGGCGUCCACAACCAUUACUUCUACAACUGCUCGCUGUCAGGGCGGCUGCUGAGGGACCCCCCCAACCGCAUCCUGGGUCCUUUCAUCGCCAUGCCCAUCCUGGUCACCCUGCUCAUGACCGCCCUGGUGGUGUGGCGGAGCAAGCGCAGUGAAGGCAUUGUGUAGUCGAGAAAAGGAAGGCGGGAUUCUAUGGACCUGCUGGAGGGCUUAACAUUACUCCACCCUCCGUGGUGCUCGAGCAUCACUUUGAUGGUCUCAACUCCUCAAUGCCUAUGAACUGACCUCCUUUCCUGGACUUUGUUGCUGUGAAUGAUGGAUGUGGUUAUAGUGACAACAAAAAAUAUUACAAAACGAUUCAAAUAAAAACUAUUUAUAUAAAAUUAAACCAUCUGUACAGUAAAGAGUAACGCUGAAAAAUGACAGAAAUCGUAAAUCUGUAAAAUGACAUAGUUGAUAUGGAAACUAGGGCAAUUACAGUUCAUUUGAUGUAUCUUGUAUUGUACAUACUUAAAUCAGGCAAUGUUAGUAACAAAGCAAAACUAAGUUAUAACAAUCUGUUCCUAUUUCAGUUGUUUUGUGUUCUGCAGCCUUCAGUUUGCAAUAGAUUAUGUUGUCCUACAGGUUUCAUGUUCCUUAAAGGGGAACAUUAUCACAAUUUCAGAAUGGUUAAAACCAUUAAAAAUCAGUUCCCAGUGGCUUAUUAUAUUUUUCAAAGUUUUUUUUCAAAAUUUUACCCAUCACGCAAUAUCCCUAAAAAAAGCUUCAAAGUGCCUGAUUUUAACCAUCGUUAUAAACACCCGUCCAUUUUCCUGUGACGUCACAUAGUGAAUACAAACAAACAUGGCGGAAAGAACAGCAAGAUAUAGCGACAUUAGCUCGGAUUCAGACUUGGAUUUCAGCGGCUUAAGCGAUUCAACAGAUUACGAAUGUAUUGAAACGGAUGGUUGUAGUGUGGAGGCAGGUAGCGAAAACGAAAUUGAAAAAGAAACUGAAGCUAUUGAGCCAUAUCAGUUUGAACCGUAUGCAAGCGAAACCGACGAAAACGACACGACAGCCAGCGACACGGGAGAAAGCGAGGACGAAUUCGGCGAUCGCCUUCUAACCAACGAUUGGUAUGUGUUUGUUUGGCAUUAAAGGAAACAAAGAACUAUGAACUAGGUUUACAGCAUAUGAAAUACAUUUGGCAACAACAUGCACUUUGAGAGUGCAGACAGCGCAAUUUUCAUCAAUUAAUAUAUUCUGUAGACAUACCCUCAUCCGCUGAUCUGUCCAGUUUUGGAGUUGAUGUCAGCAGGCCAGGGAAGCUAGGGUCGAUAUUCUUCUCUUGAUCAUCUUCGGUGUGAGCCAAGACAUCCAGGGAGUUUAGCUCGCUCGUCUGCGGGAACAAACUGCACUUGCCGUGCUAGCGAGGUCCUUUGUCCCUGAAUUGCUCACACACUCCGGCAGAUUCAAUGGGGGUCUGGCGGCAGAUUUCUUUGACUUUAUCGUUGGAAAUGCAUCUGCUUUGAGUGUCGCAGGAUAUCCACACAUUCUUGCCAUCUCUGUCGUAGCAUAGCUUUCGUCGGUAAAGUGUGCGGAACAAAUGUCCAAUUUCUUGCCACUUUCGCAUCUUUGGGCCACUGGUGCAACUUGAAUCCGUCCCUGUUCGUGUUGUUACACCCUCCGACAACACACCGACGAGGCAUGAUGUCUCCAAGGUACGGAAAACAGUCGAAAAAACGGAAAAUAACAGAGCUGAUUUGACUCGGUGUUUGAGAAAAUGGCGGAUCGCUUCCCGCUCCGAGAGCGAAUAUUAGAAAGGCGUUUAAUUCGCCAAAAUUCACCCAUUUAGAGUUCGGAAAUCAGUUAAAAAAAUAUAUGGUCUUUUUUCUGCAACAUCAAGGUAUAUAUUGACGCUUACAUAGGUCUGGUGAUAAUGUUCCCCUUUAAAGGGGUCCUAUUAUGAUUUUUUUUCUACAUUGAAAACAUUUCCUUGUGGUCUACAUAACAUGUAAUGGUGGUUCUUUGGUCAAAAUGUUGCAUGGAUUAUGUUACAUAGAUCGCCUUCAAGCCGCUUUCCGACCGUCUUUUCAGAACGCGCCGUUUUGUGGGCGGUCUUAUUUACGUGCCUGCGUCUUCUCCCCGUCAGCCAUGUUGUCGUUUUUAGCGCUUCUACAUGGACCUUUUCAAAUUUUCUUGUAAUCAGACCAUAGUUUCGGUAUAUUAGAUGGAAUCUUUACCUGACAUGUUUCGACUAUCAUCUGCAGUCUUCUAUGGACUGGACUCUCACUAUUAUGUUAGAUCUACUAUGGACUGGACUUUCACAAUAUUAUGUCAGACCCACUCGACGUCCAUUGCAUCCGGUCUCCCCUAGGGGGGGGGGGGGGGUCAACCACAUAUGCGGUCCUCUCCAAGGUUUCUCAUAGUCAUUCACAUCGACGUACCAUUGGGGUUGUGAGUUUUUCCUUGCCCUUAUGUGGGCUCUGUACCGCGGAUGUCGUUUUGGCUUGUGCAGCCCUUUGAGACACUUGUGAUUCAGGGCUAUAUAAAUAAACAUUGAUUGAUUGAUUGAUUGAUUGAUUCUUCAGAAGGGUCACCUGACCACUGUUCAGCUGUUUUUAUAGACAUGGCCAACCAGGCAGUCCUGUCAAGUCUACCUAAUUGGCUGAUUGGUUUGAUGGUUAAUGGAGGAGGGAGUCCCAGGUAUGCGAGAGUAUGAAUGCUCCCUCAUUCCGAUUGACGGUUUCCUUGGGCCACUUCCUUAGUUCGAUCGCCUCCUUAAUCCAUCGUUUGAAUUUGUUACUUUCUGUGCCGAUGAUUUUGCCGUUGUCCCGGUCCAUGCUGUGGUUAUUUAUUUUGCAAUGAUCUGAUAUGGCUGAUUUUAAGAUUUCUUGUUCUGAUUUUUGUUUUAGGCCUCUUGUAAACCUUCCAGUUGUCUCUUUUUUGCAUUCUUUCUGAUGUUCUUUCUUCCUGUUUCUCUGAUAUAUGAUGUUUUGCUUGAUUCACACAGGAUUUCCUAAAUUACAUUGCAUUUCUUGUCUUGUUCUAUUUUGUCUUUUGGAUGUACAAGUAAGUCUUGUUUUUGUGUGAGGUUUAACUGUUGUGUUUAUUUUGUGUUUUAUCAUGACCCGUUGUAUGGUUCAGUUAUUCCCCUAACGUAUGGUAAGGUUAUGACCUCUUUGUUCUUUAUUUCAGGUUUUUCUUUGGGUUUCUCCUUCGUUCUCUUUUCCUUUGUUUUUUACUUGUUGUUCAAUCAAUCAAUCAAUCAAUCAAAGA